CGGAUAGUCACUUGUUUCUUACCAUCAUCUACCUCGUCCCCGUACUCGCAGAAAACCUCGGCACCUCGCAUCUCCUCGAGUUCUCUACCCGCGUGCUCCUCGACACCGAAGAGCACCCAACCCGACCCCGUCGAUAUACGGUCGAACGUAUAUCGCUAGGUCGGCCCCAGCACCAGCGCAUGACCCAGCUCCAUGCCCACUUCCACUAUCGCAACAAGCAGGCGUUCCAGCGCCUGCUGGACGCCGACCGGGCUAAGCCCGGCGGUGGUGCACCCAGCACGAGCGCGGGGCGUGGAACUCCGGGCUCGUGGACGAGGACGCUAACGGCGUCGACGCUGGACGUGAACAAGCGAGACUGGCUUGGGCGGACGCCCCUCCAUCUUGCCUGCUCGGCGGGCUUGGAUGCCCUCGACUACGUGCGCAUACUGCUGCGCCAUACAGCGAUCAACGUCAAUUUGGCGGACGCGGAGAGCGGCUGGACGGCGCUGCAUCGCGCGCUCUAUGCGGGCAAUUUACCUGCUGUGUGCGUAAAUUGUCGAUAGCUUAUCGGACAGGACCUCGAGGGAUACACCGCCUUCGAUCUCUUCAAUGCGACCGUCGAGGGCACCAAGCCAAUCCCCAAUGAUUCCCGCGCAGAGCUCUUCACAUGGGGCAUCAACAAGAAU